AUGAAUCAACCCUAUAAAUAUGUAACAAAGCAAUACAGAAAGUCACCAAAAAGAAUUGCAGAAAGGCAAGUUUUGAUGUGUGCAAUGGCGUUCCCUUUUGUUUACUGCCAAUUAGCUGGUUUCUACUUUAGCAUCCUGUUGUUGCAUGCAACAACUUCCGCUGUUGCCACUGCCAAUUUUGUGAUUAGAACCAAUCCUGGAAACGAGACAGAUCGUAUUGCACUGCUAGCUUUCAAGUCAAAAAUUUCACAGGAUCCUGACGGAGUGAUGAGCUCGUGGAAUCUGUCUAAAGAUUUCUGCGAGUGGGAAGGAAUCACAUGCAGUCGCAGGCAUAGAAGAGUGACCGUGUUAAACCUGAGGUCAAGAAGAUUGGUGGGUUCCCUCUCACCUUACAUUGGCAACCUCAGCUUCCUUAGGGAGAUCAGGCUGGAAAACAACACCCUCCAUGGAGAAAUUCCUGAGGAAGUUGGUCGUCUGUUCAGGUUGCGCUUUCUACAUCUGGGCAACAACUCCUUGGUUGGCCAAAUUCCUGUCAACUUGUCCCAUUGUUCCAAGCUCUCAUCUUUACUUUUGGGAAGGAACAAGCUCGUAGGGAAAUUUCCAUUGGAGUUUGCCUCCUUGUCAAAUCUCAAAGAACUAGCUAUACACUUUAAUGAUUUGACUGGAGGCAUACCACCUUUUCUUGCAAACAUUUCCUCUCUAGAAGCUCUAUCAGCUUCUUACAAUGCUUUUGGAGGGAACAUCCCAGAUUCAUUGGGUCAACUAAGGUACUUAACAUCUCUAGGACUCGGUGGAAAUAACAUCUCUGGUACAAUACCUCCUUCCCUAUAUAAUCUUUCUUCUCUUGCUAUUUUUUCUUUGUCUGAGAAUCGACUUCGUGGAAGCCUUCCUUCAAACUUGGGCCUCACUCUUCCUAAUCUUAGAUUGUUUCAAAUAUCUGCCAAUUUCUUUAGCGGAUCAAUUCCUGUCUCGUUAUCCAAUGCUUCAAAACUUGAAUUUAUUGAAAUGGUUGGGAACAACUUAUCUGGGAAAUUAUCAGUUGAUUUUGGUGGCAUGCAACAGCUUUCUGAGCUGAAUUUAGGUAGAAAUGAUCUAGGAAGUGGAGAACCUGAUGAAAUGAGAUUUAUCGAUUCUCUGGCCAAUUGCAGCAAUUUGCAAAAUUUGGAUUUAUCUGUAAACCGAUUUCAAGGCGUAUUGCCUCACUCGUUUGGUAAUCUCUCCACUCAACUUCUACGUUUGCUUCUUGAUUCAAAUCAGUUAUAUGGAACCAUCCCUUCAGGGGUAGGUAAUUUGGUUAACUUAUAUUUGUUCGCAAUAGGAAGGAACCAGUUUACAGGCAAAAUCCCUCCAGAAAUUGGGAAACUUCAUAACUUACAAUGGAUGGAUCUUCACAGAAACAAACUUUCAGGGGAAAUUCCUCCCACCUUAGGAAACCUGUCAUCACUGCUAGAGCUGCAUCUGCUAAAUAACAAUCUACAAGGAACCAUCCCUACUAGUCUAGGAAAGUUAAGAAACUUGGCAGCAUUAGAUCUUUCUCGAAAUGACUUAUGGGGGACUAUACCUGAAACACUUUUUCAUAAAACACCUCGCAUGAUCUCACUAAAUCUAUCUCAAAACCAUUUGGUUGGAAAAAUACCUGCAAGCAUUGCCAAUAUGAAGAAUCUCUUGAGACUGGAUGUAUCUAGGAACAACUUGUCUGGUGAAAUUCCUCUUGAACUCAGUAAUUGUGGUAACCUUGAAAUUCUAUACAUGGAGGGAAACUUCUUUCAAGGAUCCAUUCCUCCGGCACUGAGUUUCUUAAGAGCUAUCCAACAGGUGGAUCUUGCUCGUAACAACUUAUCGGGCCAAAUUCCUAAAUUCCUGGAAUCACUUGCGUUGAUAUAUCUAAACUUAUCCUUCAAUGAUUUUGAGGGUGAGGUACCAGUGAAGGGAGUUUUCACCAAUGCAAGUGCAAUGUCUGUAGUUGGUAAUACAAGACUCUGUGGGGGCAUACAUGAAUUGCAGCUGCCCAAAUGCAGCAUCAACAAUAGUUCCAAGAAACAAAAGGAUUCCCUUGCAUUUAAGGUAAUAAUCUCAAUAUCAUGUGCCUUCUUGGGAAUAGCCAUGGUGGCCUUUCUGAUGUUUUGUUGGUUCAAAAGGAGAAGAAACAAACAAUCUCCUAGUCCCAUGCUGCGUAAAACACUUCUUAAGGUGUCAUAUGAAAAGCUUCUUAAAGCCACUGAUGGAUUCUCUUCGACAAACCUAAUUGGUCUUGGCAGCUUUGGCUCUGUGUAUAAGGGAGUUCUUGAUCAGGAUGGAUUGACUAUAGCAGUCAAAGUACUUAACCUUCAGCGUCAAGGAGCCUCCAAGAGUUUCAUGGCUGAGUGCAAAGCCUUGACAAAUAUCCGACAUAGAAAUCUUGUCAAGAUCAUAACUUCUUGCUCAAGCGUUGAUUUCCAAGGUAAUGAUUUCAAAGCUCUAGUUUAUGAGUUCAUGCCUAAUGGGAGCAUGGAAAACUGGUUGCAUCCUGCUUUAGAAGGAGAACAAGUUGAAAUUCCUUAUCUUGGUCUUCGUCAGAGAAUAGAAAUUGGGAUUGAUGUGGCAAAUGCGUUAGAUUAUCUCCAUCACCAUUGCCAACAGCCAAUCCUCCAUUGUGAUCUAAAGCCAAGCAAUAUUCUUCUGGACAGCAACAUGACUGCUCAUGUUGGUGAUUUCGGCCUUGUGAAGUUUCUUCAGGAGCACUCAAAUCCAACUCAAAGCAGCUCACUCGGAAUUCGAGGAACAAUUGGAUAUGCUGCCCCUGAGUAUGGUCUAGGAAGUGAGGUUUCAGUAGAUGGAGAUGUCUACAGCUAUGGAAUUCUACUACUUGAGAUGAUGACAGGGAAAAAGCCAACAGAUGAAAUGUUUGAUGGAGGCCUAAACCUUCAUAAAUUUGCUAGGAUGGCCUUGGCAAACCAGGUGAUGGACAUUGUCGACCCAACACUGCUAAAUAAUGGUGGAGAAGUGGCUGCAGAAAACAACAGGCUGAGACAAGCAAAUUCUGAUAGAAUAAAGGAAUGUCUAAUUUCUGUCAUCAGGAUUGGAGUGGCAUGUUCGAUGGAAUCACCACAAGAACGUAUGGAGAUUAGUCUAGCAGAUACUUCUUUACCAGAGUAUUCAGAUCCAAUUGUCUUUUCUCAAGCUAAUUUGAAGAGGGUGUUACGCAGUCGCACCCGGCAACGAGUAACUGCACUGGACUUACAAUCAAGAAAACUGCAAGGAAAGCUCUCUCCCUAUGCUCAUCUCACGUUCCUCCAAAAAACUCAUUUGGAGGGGAAAUUCCAGUCAGCCUCGGCAAUUAUUCAGAUCAGAGUCAUCCAUUUAAAUUUCAAAAAGCUCACAGGAAGAAUUCCAGAGGAGCUCAGCACUUUGCCUAAGGUUAUUGCUUUGCAUAUUGCUGCUAAUAAUUUAACAGGAGGCAUAACACCAUUUCUAGGCAACCUUUCUACACUCUUAAAUCUUUCUCUAGCUCGAAAUAAUCUUGGUGGAAGCAUUCCCGAUGACGUCGGACGGCUUGCAAGUUUGAACUUUCUUCAGGCUGGUUCGAAUAAUCUCUCUGGUAUCAUCCCUGCCUCAAUUUUCAACCUCUCAGGGAUCAGUAUUUUUGCAGCAGCAGAUAACAAACUGACAGGGAGCUUUCCGCAAAGUUCGGGUACUAAUUUUCAUCUUCAAAUAUUUGCUGUUGGAGUAAAUCGAUUUACAGGACCAAUUCCACCUACACUAUCCAAUGCAACAGGUCUUCUACAGAUUGAUUUCCCAGAUAACUAUUUUGUUGGGAGAAUGCCUACUGAUCUAGGGAGCGUUAAGAACCUGCAAAGGCUAAAUGUUGGGCGCAACAGACUUGGAAGCAGAGAGCCUGAUGAUUUGAGUUUCCUGAAUUCAUUGAUCAACUGUAGCAAAUUACAGCUGUUGGGAAACAAUCAAAUAUAUGGAAGCAUUCAUUCAGGAAUUGAAAACCUUGUCAACUUGAAUGGUUUGUACAUUGACCAGAACAUGAUUAGUGGUGGAAUCCCCAUUGAAAUCGGGAAACGUUCUAGUCUGAGAGAACUGUAAAUGAAUGGACAUAGACUAUCUAGGAAUAUCCCACACUCCAUUGGCAACAUGACUGAACUGUUUGAACUUCGAUUGGAUGGAAACAACCUGGAAGGAAUAAUUCCUUCGAUUCUUGGGAACUGUGUGCAUUUGCAAGUGCUAAACCUUUCCCAGAAUAACCUGAAGGGUACCAUUCCAAAAGAAGUUAUAGGUCUUUCCUCUCUAUCCAAAUCUGUAAACUUUGCUAGAAACUCAUUGAGUGGCGCCUUACCACCUGAGGUGGGAAACCUGAAAAAUCUCAAAGACUUUGAUGUGUCAGAGAACAGAUUGUCUGGUGAAGUACCAAGACAAGGAGUCUCAACAAAUAUUAGUUCUAGUUCUCUUUUCGGAAAUAGUAAGCUCUGUGGGGGAAUCUUUUCUCUGCAGCUACCCCGUUGCCCAAAGCAGAAGUCAGGAAAAGAAGGAAAAUCUUUCACUCUUAAACUCGCAAUAAUUACAAAACCUUCUCCUAUGUCUCCCUCGGAUGAUUGGCAUUCAGACAUUACCUACAAGGACCUGCACAAAGCCACUGAUGGGUUUUCCCCGGUAAAUUGGAUAGGUGUUGGUAGCUUUGGCGCUGUGUUCAAAGGGAUGCUCAACAAUGGUAGAACUAUUGCAAUCUUAAGUUCUUGCUCGAGUGUGGAUUUUAGAGGCAACCAUUUUAGAGCUGUAGUUCUCCAGUUCAUGCCACAUGGGAGUCUAGAGAACUGGCUGCACUUGAAAAUAAAUGAGCAUCAUCGACAACUGAAGCUGAAUAGUUUCUAGAGAUUAAAUAUUGCCAUAGAUGCGGCAUCUGCGCUGGAAUAUCUACAUCACCACUGCCACACUCCAAUCAUCCCCUGUGAGUCUGUGACUUAA